UAGUAGCUUAUCACAGUAUUGGUUGGACCGAGUCCACGCGCAAUCUGUUGCUAGCUAGUAAGGUGGCGUAUCGUGUCUUAUAAUUAGUUACUUUGUUUCAAUUAAAGAUGAAAUAUAACGAGCUCGGACACACUGGUAUAAAAGUCUCUCAUAUCAGCCUGGGAGGUGCAGCGUUCAGUAACUUUUACGGAUCGUUCGACGAGGAAAAGGGCUUGGAACUAAUAAGAGAAACGCUGAAAUGUGGAGUGAAUUAUGUGGAAACUGGACCUUGGUAUGGCGGCGGAACUUCCGAACGAACUAUUGGGAAGGCUCUGGUAGGAGUACCACGGGAUUCGUAUUUCAUCGGCAGUAAAGUCGGCAGAUAUGAGAUGGCGACUGAGAGGAUGUUUGAUUUCUCCGCGGAGAAGACCGAAGCUGGAGUGGACAACACGCUGCGUCUACUCGGCUUGGAUUAUGUGGAUUUGAUACAGGUCCAUGACGCCACAUUCGCACCAGAUAUAUCAAUUGUCCUUAAAGAAACAUUGCCGAUGCUCGAAAAAGCAGUGAAAGAUGGCAAAACACGAUACAUAGGCCUUGCUGAUUACGACAUAGAUCUCAUGAAGGAGAUCAUUGAGGAAUCUGAUGUUAAAAUAUCUUCGAUUCUGUCGUACGCGAAAUCGACAUUAUGUGAUAAUCGGCUGCAGAAUUACACCAAGUAUUUUAAGAGCAAAGGAAUCAGCGUGAUUAACGCGGCUGCUACUGGUAUGGGUUUGCUGUCGAACCACGGGCCGCAGCCAUGGCAUCCUGCUAGCGAUGACAUCAAGGCCAUUUGUAAGAGGGCUUCCGACUAUUGUAAGGAACAAAACGUGGAGCUAGCCCGCCUCGCCACUUGGUUCACGCUCAACCAGCCAGAUAUCGACACGAACAUAUGUGGUUUCUACAACGUGGAACAGCUAAGGGAUACCAUCGACGUGCUGGAUAAUGGCCUGACUGAGCACGAGGCACGGGUGCUAGAAGACAUCCAAUUAAGGUUCUUCGACAAUGUGGCGUUGCACUGGGAUAACGUUGAGCUGCCCAUUUACAAGGCAAAAUUAAAUGCAUUACAGAACAAGUAAUAUGCGAGGAAGUAUAACAAAAUCAAAGAAAUAUUACAAAACCUUGCUUCAUUUCAAAUUUUAGACAUCAGUUUCACUGUGUCGUGAUAAUAUAGUGUUAAAGACAAAAUACAUCAUUGCCGAAAAUAAAAAUAAAAUGUAUGUAAAAUAA